AGGGAAAUGCUAUUUAAGACUUGGCAUAAUGCACUGUAGUCAUUCAUUAGACUAAGAUAAUCCGUAUUCCAGAAGUACCAGCAAGUUCAACAAUGUUUGCUAAAGUGUAUCUUGUUGUGUUCUUUGUGUGCAUUAUGGCUGGAAAUGCUUCAGCUAAACCUACAAAGCGAACAACUUGUGAAUUCUGGGGAAGCGCUGGUUGUGCCACACACUGUAUCGCUUUAAACCACACUGGUGGAUGGUGCGACUCUAAAAACUACUGUCACUGCAAGAAGGAAACCAUUUUCGGGAAAAGGGAGAAGGAGGAGACUGCCUAAUGUUCUAAAAUUCAUAAUGUCAGAUGGAAAUCUAAAAUAAAAACAUUAGAAAAAUA